CUCCUUUGUUUAUGAUCCUCCAAGAAGUUAAGUUGUUCAUGGUGUUUUGGGAUUAAUUUAGGUUUAAGCAAAGAACUAAUAAGAGAUUCUUGUUCUAUCUUUUAUGCUCAAAGGUUUGCUCCGUCUGUUUUUGUUUUGUUUUGUUUUGUCGCAAUGUGCGUCGAUUCUUUCCUAAUUCAAAUUGUGAAGUUGAAGGAUUACCUGGGAAUUCGAAGGUAAGAGGAGUGAAUUUGGGAGGAUGGUUGGUUGUAGAAGGUUGGAUUAAGCCCCAACUGUUCGAUGAAAUGCCUAACAGAGAUAUGAUUGAUGGUACAGAGGUACAAUUUAGAUCAGUGACAUUGCACAAGUACAUAUCAGCAGAAAAUGGUGGUGGCAUGAAGAUUACAGUAGACCGAGAUUCUCCUUCUUCAUGGGAAACCUUUCGGUUAUGGAGGGUUUCUAGUUCAGAGUUUCAGCUCCGGACAUCACAAGGGCAUUUUAUCACAUGUGACGUUAAAGAUGGCAAUGUCUCUGCAACUGCAAGUAUGCCGUCUUUAACUGAAACAUUCUACAUUGAAAGAAAUGAAAGAAACAGAGUUCACAUAAAACAUGUAAUAAGUGGAAGCUAUCUGCAGGCUUCAACUUCAAAUAACAUCACCGCAGACCAUCAUGGGGUUCCAGGGUGGGAUGAUAAUGCAGCUACAUUUGAAAUGAUAAUUGUAUCAAAUUUAAUCCAUGGAGAUUACCAGCUUGCUAAUGGACUCGGCCGUGAUAAGGCCAAACAAGUUCUUACGAGGCAUAGAAACAGUUUUAUCACUUGGCAAGACUUUAAAUUUCUGUACAAACAUGGAAUAAAUACGGUUAGAAUCCCAGUUGGAUGGUGGAUAGCUUUUGAUCCAAAUCCUCCAACCCCUUUCAUUGGUGGAACCUUGGAAGCUUUGGAUAACGCUUUCUCGUGGGCUCAGUUAUAUGAUAUUAAGUGCAUCAUCGAUCUACAUGCAGCUCCGGGGUCUCAAAAUGGCAUGGAACACAGUGCCAGUAGAGAUGGUUCUACAUCAUGGCCUAUGUAUAUUUCACAGACACUGUAUGUCAUUGAUUUUUUAGCUUCGAGGUAUGCCACACAUCCAGCCUUGCUAGGAAUCGAGCUUCUAAACGAACCAUCUGCUGCAACGGUUCCAUUGGAUACCCUAAUUUCAUAUUACAAACAAGGCUACCAGAUCAUCAGAAAAUAUUCUUCCACAGCUUAUGUCAUAAUCUGCCAAAGAAUCGGCAACGCAGAUCCUAUUGAACUUUACAACGCUAACAUUGGUCCAUCAAAUCUAGUACUAGAUUUGCAUUACUACAAUCUUUUCGAUAGUUAUUUUGUUAACAAGACUCCUGCUGAAAAUAUCCAGUUUAUUUUCAACAACAGACAACCGCAGUUACAAGCUCUCAAUGAUUUAAACGGGCCUCUUGUUUUUAUUGGCGAGUGGGUAAACGAAUGGAAUGCAACCAACAGUACACAGUUAGAUUACCAAGAUUUUGGUGAAGCCCAGUUACAGGUAUAUGAUGCUGCCUCCUUUGGAUGGGCUUAUUGGACACUUAGAAAUGCCGAGCCUCACUGGGAUUUUGAGUGGAAUAUCCGCAACAACUACUUAAAACUAAGUUUUAUGUUGUUUGAUGUAGGUUACUCUCAGAAGACACCUGUAAUUAAGGGUGUAUUGUGGUUCAUAUUGGCAUGUAACUUCUACAUUUAUAAUGCGUUAUAGCGUUGGGCCCACAUUUUGUUUGUUAUUUUCGGUUAUUGUUUGGCUACGUUCCAUAAUGCUCAAAUGACAUUGAAAUCUGAAGGCCACAUGUACCAUAGAGUUCAAUUUGUUUGUUUCCCUUAACCAGCAAAA